AUGUCUUUUCCAAAUGCAAGCAACGUGCUCAUCAGCGGCGGGACAUUCAUCCACACGCAACCACCCGCAACCGUCUCGAGUUGUACGUAUCAUGAAAGAUUACAUGGUCUUAGUGCUUAUCUGCGACUAGCGCUUGCCCUGCUGUCCUCGAAGAUUGCCACCGGGGCAUCCCACAACUCUGCCGAACGCUUUGAUCCUCCUAAAUGCCACCCAAACACACGCGAGGCCAUCUUCCAAACAAUUCUAAAUUGGUUGGACGAUUCAGUAAAAUCGCCUCAAAUAAUGUGGGUUUACGGCUCUGCUGGUGUCGGGAAAUCGGCAAUUGCGCAGAGCAUUGCAGAGAUGUGUUUUCAUACUGGCAAACUACUAGGGAGCUUCUUUUUCGCCCGUGGUGUGCCAAAUCGACAUACCGAGACGCUGUUCAUACCAACACUUGCGUAUCAAAUCAUGCAGUACCUACCAGAAACACGAGCAUCGGUAUUAGAUGCUGUAGAAAGGGAUCCACAGUUGUUUUCCUUAUCUCUUGCUGACCAGAUGGAAAAGCUGAUAAUUGGACCCUUGAACGAAAUCAUUCACAACGAUCACGACGGACAAGGCCUGAGGUCACGUACUGCGACACUUGUCGUAGUCGAUGGGCUGGAUGAAUGUUCACACCCUCAGGCACAGCGUCUCAUACUCGAUGUCCUUUCGUCUGUCGUGGUCAAAGCCCCAAUCCCGAUCUCUGUAAUGGUUCUAUGUCGUCCUGAGCAACAUAUACGAGAGACAUUCCAUAAUGAUCCCUUGAAAUCCCUAACAGUCAGCAUAAACCUCGACAACAUUUCUGACGAUACUGAUAUCGACAUCAAGACUUUUCUCUUGUCAGAAUUUCGGACAAUAAAGCACAAUCACCCCGCAAAGGAGCACUUCCCGCCAAUUUGGCCAUCAGAGAACGAAAUGAACCAGCUUUUGAUGAGGUCGCAAGGUCACUUUAUCUAUGCCUCGACUAUCAUAAACGACAAUCCAUUUGCUUCUCUGGACUCCCUAUAUCGACAAAUUCUGCUGGGUGUUGAGGAUUUUGACACCGCAUCGAAAAUAAUUGUUACAUUGGUCUUGGGGAGCUCGUCGCUAUUGCCUCCAACCGCAACAUCGAUCGAAUCAUUGCAUUCUUUCCAACCGGGAACAGUGAAGAUUGCACUAUGCGACUUGCAUUCGAUUGUAUAUGUGCCCGAAACCCCAGACGAAAAUCUGCGAAUGUAUCACGCCUCAUUUUCCGACUUUAUAUUUGAGGAGGCGCGUUCAGGUAGAUUCUAUCUGGACAAGGGAGCGGCUCAUAUCAUGCUUGCCACUUCUGUCUUGAAGUUGUCUAUCAGCAACAUGAAAGAUCUCCCGCAUCCAGACCAUGAAUCGGACUUGGUCACUCACCAUCUUCAAUUUUUUAUUGAAUGGAUAACUCUGGCAUUUUCUGGACCUAUUCGCAAGUUUAUGAGGGACUCGAUUAAGCUGAAGAAAUCCGACAUCUCUGUAAAUGAUAUUCUUCAAGCAUUUCAGUCCGCCACGGCUUCUCUUGUCGAAUCUCCGGAAGGGCGUAAUAAAGUCAAAAAUCUUUGUAUAUUCUUGAUUGACAUCUUCAAUCGUGACAUUAUACUUGAACUCAACCUUCGAGAGAGCAAUGCAGACGCCUUGCUUGAAAUCAACGAUUACCUCGUUGAUUUACUUAUUCCUGUACGAAAACAUGGUCGUAAAAUCAGUUUUCGCAAAUUAAAUGCUCAUAGAGCUCGGUUAUGGGUGAGGAAAUCAACCGAGGGCAACAUGUCCGAGGACGUAAUUGCCAGACGCGACGAGACAACUUCCGAGUCUGCUGGUGGUUGGUACAAGUCUACUCUUAGAAAAUUGUUUUAA